UUGUUUUUCUUCCGCAUGGUUCCGCUACUGCGCACGCGUAGCUCGCUAACUGGCCCCGGCACGGCCCGGCCCGGCCGCCGGAGAGACAAACUCGAGCUCAGAUCGGGGAAGAAUGCGGAAAUCAUAACCAUGGGCACCGAGACCGUUUCUUUGGAUAUCCCUGGACAACAGACACCUCUAGCAUCCAUAAAUGAACACAAAGUCUCUGAAAAAUACAAGUAUGGCCACUGGCUGGGGUUUUGGUAUGGCUGGUGGCUGAGUUGGUGGGCCGGAUUUAUCAUCGCUUCUGUUCCUGUCAGUUUCUUCUUCAGUUUCCUGGGUCAAAAACUCUGCCAUGUAAUCUUAACUGUGUUAAGAAAGUUUGGCAGUUGUCCAGUUGGACUGAAUUAUAAGUUCUCAAUUUGUGAGUACUUAAUGAUUAAAAGAAACAAAGAGGAAUUGAGUAAUGAAGAAGACUUUUCAGAAGAAACUUCAAGGUGGAGAAACCUCAUGCCAGGGAUUGUGCUUGGUAUAGUUAUUGGCGCCGUCCAGAUAAUAAAUUGUGUGAUGCGUCACCAUGCUAUUGGGGCAGCCAUUAUUGGACUCAUUUUUGGAUUUGUGUUAAUGGUGCCAAAUGCUUUUAUUUUUAAAAUGUUAUAAUGUCAUUUUAUAUUCAAAAAUCUCUGAAUCUUUCAAUCAUUGUAUUAAAAUAGUUAUUUUUAAGCAUACAAUGAUGGAGUGAUUUCACUUAAUUUUAAACUAUUUGAUAAUCUAGUUUGAAGUGAUGUCCUUGCAGGCUUUAGCUGUAGUUUGACAUUAGGAGAUUAGAAAUACAGCAUCAAAAUUCAGUCCACGCUGACGACAAUCACUAGUUCGCAUUAGUUCUAUGUUAUCUUGCAUUCUCGUUCACUCCCUACACAUUAGGAGUAAUUCUACAGAGGCCAAUUAACCUACAAACAUGCACGUCUUUGGGUUAUGGGAGGAAACCGGAACACAUGGAGGACACAGGGAGAACGUGCAAACUCCACACAGUCAGCCCCUAGGUCAGAAUCUAACCCAGGUCUCUAGUCCUGUGAAACAGUUCUAUAAGUAUUGAGGUUCUUUGCAUGAGAUGUCUACCAAAUAAGUAGAUAUUGUUACAGUAUCCUUAAUAAUUAUCAAAAAUGGUAAGCUAUCACAUUUAGAUUUAAAGAUCUGUAUUGGUAAAGAAGACAAGUCAUUACUGGUCCUAAUUAAUCUUCCACCAGCAAAUGUGAGCAAAAUAUUUGGUAUUUGUAUGGAGGAUUUACCAUAACAUUUUACAAAUGCAUCUUUAGCUAAUAAGGCAGAGCCUUUUGUUUAGAAGGCUGUGGUGCUGUAGUGCAUGUACACUGUUGUAUCAAAUGUACAUCAUCGAGCAAGAAAGUUUAAUACAAUUGCUUCAAAAUGGAAUGCACAAAUUGUUUCAUGAGUCCGUACCAGAAGGAUCUCUCCCACUGCUUAUCUUUCCAGCACAAAGGGCGUUUCCUGGCAACCAAACCUACAUUCUUUGUGAAAGAUCCAAGAAUUCAGUGCCAAAGACUUUGUGCUUUAAGAUGUGAUAACAAUGUUCAGUACCACAAUACUACGGAACCUCUUUUGACCAAGUAAUUGCACUAAUAAAGAGAAAUGAUCCAUCUGCAAUGUGUUGUUGUUCCACACCAGGUAAUUGAACAAAAUACUCCAUCAGAAGCAACAGUGUCAAGUCCUGGACUGGUGUGUUAAGUUAAAAGGCAUCUGAGUACAGUAAUAAAAAACAUUGAAACAUAGUAGCUGA